AUGGUGCUGUUGAGAAGAACGUAUGUGUGCAUGUUUGUGGUAUGCUCGUUGGCAUCCGCCUACCUUGGCAUCACUACGAACAAAAUAUUUCAAGCAAUUACAUCGACUAAUGACAAAGUUGCACACUUUGUCGUAUUCAUGUGGGAGUCGUGGUUAUUUGUAAAAAUGUUUGCCGGGGACGCCGUCACUAUCUGUAAGGUACAGGUCAACAAAUACGUGUUAGGGAUGGUGGUCUGUUCAUUGGGCGCGAGUGUUAUGAGCGAAUUUGCCCAAAGUGUGAUCUCGCAAGGACAAAGAGUGUUUGACAUGAAAGACAUUGUUUGUAACUUCUGGGGCAGUAUACUUGGUGUUGGUAUUGCCUUUUACCAGGACCAAUAA